AUGAAUCUCAUCGAAGGAUAUUCAUAUUACUGGCCUUACACAUCAAGUCAAUCAGAAACAGCCGAUUAUUGUCCUGGUUGGAAUCCACAACCAUGUUCUUUAGAUACCAGAUUACGAUCUAGUACACUUGAUGCCUGGUUACAUGCUACUUCUGAAGAUGCUUGGGGAAUGCCGAUCUCUGGUCAUUUAGAUUUGUAUCAGGGUGAUGGAUAUUUUCUUGAAAUGAGUGUUAAUCGUGAUGUUUCUAUGGAUAAGCUCAAGGAGAUUAAGAAUUAUGGAUGGUUGGAUCGUCAAACGAGGGCUGUUUUUGUAGAGUUUUCUCUGUAUAAUGCCAAUAAAAAUCUGUUAACGUUUGUGCAACUGAUUGCGGAGUUCCCUGAAUUUGGCAGUGUUCUUACAUGGAAACAAAUUCAAACACUAAGGGUUUUUCAAAAUGUCGGACCGAUUGGUGCUUUUAUUAUCCUUUGUGAAAUAAUAGUUCUGAUUAUUUUAAUGGUGUUUGGCUAUAAAUGUAUAAAACUUUUGAUAAAGCAGAAGUUUGCAUUUUUCAUUUCCUUUUGGAAUAUUAUGGAUCUGCUAACGUUCAUAACAACAAUAUUUGGUGUGGCUUUCUUUAUCUGUAGAGAGGUAUAUUCAAGUUUAACGUUGACGAAAUUCAGAGCAGAUCCAAAGAAGUUUGUUAAUUUUGAGCAUAUUGUUCUUUGGGAUUCGUUGUUCGUGCACAGUUUGAGUUUUCUGGUGUUUACAGCUACUAUUGGGAUGUUAAGAAUAUUGGGCUAUAACAGGCGCUUUACAAUGAUAGGAGAGGUCCUAAGAGCGUCAGCUAAAGGUCUCAUAGGUUUUGCUUUUGUAUUUGGUAUCUUCUAUUUUGCAUACAUUGCAUCAGGUUACGUUUUGUUUAUGACCAAAUUAAAACAAUUCCGUUCUCCAAUGGAUGCAGGUGUGUCAAUUUUUACGUAUUUGUUGGGUAAGAAUCAGUUGGGUAUGAUGUUAGGUGCUUCUGAUGGAUUAGGUGCAUUGUACUUCUUCACUCUGGUAUUCUUUGUGAUAUUGAUAUUACUCACCAUGUUCCAAGCUAUUAUGAAUAACACCAUGACUGUGGUACGAUCCAAUGUUACCAGCAUACCACCACCGUAUGGUAUAGUCAACGUCCUGACUAAUAUCUAUAAAAGUGUCAUCACUGACUGGAUACCAUCUGGAAUGAUAAAGAAAAACGUUGAGGAAGAAAAACAGCAAGGUAAUUCUUUACUACAUGUAUUUCACGAAUGUUUCACCGACCAUUUUUAUCCCAUUACAAUUAUGAUUAUGUAA